CCAGGAAGUCUUUCAUGGACACGGCUUGAUCCCCCUGUGGUAAAAAGUCCGCCAGUCCGCCAGUCCGCCAUGUCUGCUUCCCGCGCGAAAUUGGCGGAGCUGCGUGCCCUUCGCGCCGCCGGAAAGAAACGCCUGUCGACAUACGAGGUCGAGGAACAGGCCGACAUCUACGAAGAGGUCGACGACGAAGGCUACAAGAAGCUUAUCCGCAACCGACUCGACCAGGACGAUUUUGUCGUCGACGACAACGGCGAAGGCUAUGCGGAUGACGGUCGCGAGGUCUGGAACGAGCGGACCGCAGAAUACCGCGACAGCGACAGCGAGGACGACGAACUGCCUGCCCGGGGCAAGGCGGCGAAGAGGAAACGCGAGGAGGAAAAGCAGCGACAGGAGAAGAUCAAUAAUGGGAUCUCGAAAUACUUCAACAGCGGUGCUGCGCCGUCGGCCCCGAAGCCUAAGCCGGUCGCUACUGCAGAGGAUGAUGCUUUCAUGGCCGAUCUCCUCGGAGAUGUCGAUACCAACGCCGUUCCCCACCGUGUGCCAACGAGAAACAUAGUCAAAUCCGAGACUCGACGCAAAGUCCGCAUCUUGUCCCCCCCGCUUGCCGACAGAACGCGCAAAGAGAGACAGAUCAAACGAGAUGAGAAUAGUGACCCGGUCUCCCCGGUUAAGGAGCAGCCAGCAAUGAAUAUGGAUGACGAUGAUGACCCGUUUACCGGCAUGGACGACGAUGAUGUUCCGAUGAGUGAUCCCAUGCCGUCGUCCCCUAUCAGCAAAGCCGUACAAAGGAAGUCGGUUACGGUCCCUGUCAAGGUGGAGGAGGUCGAUGAGGAGGAUAACGACAUAAUGGAGGUUGCGCAAGCUACGGGGCAGAACGAAGCCAAGGCGGCAAGCAUCAAUAUGGCUGGAAGCCGACCCCCGCCCAAACUCAAGAAGGAGCCUUAUCCGACUCUCGCAAGCUCUUCGCCCAUGAAACCGCUACCGGAAGUUGAUGCUUCUUGGAACGACGUCAGGAGUAAGUUGAAUGUUCUCAGCAGCCCAGCGUCGUCGGAAAUGCGGAGCUUCGGCAAACUUCGCGCGCAGGAUGUUGUUGAGGAAGACGGGAGUCUGCGCAUGUUCUGGCUGGAUUUCACAGAAGUCAACGGCAGUCUUUGCUUGUUUGGAAAGGUCAAGAACAAGCAGACUGGCUCUUAUGCCAGUGCCUUCGUCAAAGUUGACAACAUCCUCCGGAAACUCUAUUUUCUUCCUCGUGAGAACAGGCACAAGAAUGGGCGGGAGACAGACGAGGAGGUCGACAUGGAGGAUGUCUACGGCGAGGUCGAUGGAAUGAUGUCAAGGUUGCGAGUUGGGAUGCACAAGAUCAAGCCCUGCACUCGUAAAUAUGCAUUCGAGAUGCCCGGUGUGCCGAAAGAGGCUGAAUAUCUGAAGCUGCUUUACCCUUACGAUAAGCCCGCCUUGCCGAUGGACGUCCGGGGCGAGACCUUUUCGCAUGUCUUUGGGACAAACACAUCGCUGUUCGAACAGUUUGUUCUCUGGAAGAAUAUCAUGGGUCCUUGUUGGCUCAAGAUUGAGGAGGCGGAUUUCUCCGCCGUCAACAACGCCUCCUGGUGCAAGUUCGAAUGCCAGGCAUCGAAGCCGGCGCUUAUCUCUCCGGUCCCUGAUUCUGAGAACCUGGAAGCCCCCCCUCUCACGCUAAUGAGUCUUUCUUUCCGGACGCAGCUCAAUGUGAAAGAGAAUAAGCAAGAAAUCUUGGUGGCGAGUGCAAGAGUAUAUGAGAAUGUUUCUCUUACCGACACGACUCCUCCGGAGAGACUGCCUUGCAAGACUUUCACCGUCAUGCGGCCUUCUGGCUCUUCAUACCCGAUGCACUUUGAGGCCGAGACUCGAAAGCAGCGAGGCACGUACAUGCUGGAGAAGAGUGAACAGUUUUUGCUGAGCAAAUUUUUGGCACUGUUUGAGAAGAUGGAUCCUGAUGUACUGAUGGGGCAUCAGCUCCAGGAAGUUGACCUCAGCAUCCUACUUAACAGAUUGAAAGAGAAGAAGACGCCUGGCUGGCAUCGUCUCGGACGGUUGAGGCGCGGGGACUGGCCCAAGAAUUUCAACAGGGGUGGAGGCUUCUUUGCUGAGAGACAUCUGAUUGCAGGAAGACUGAUGUGCGAUGUUGCCAAUGAUAUGGGCAAGUCUCUCAUGACGAAAUGUCAGUCGUGGGGUCUGACGGAGAUGUGUGAUCUUUACCUCGGUAAAGGAAACGCCAGACAAGAGCUGGAUUGUGAGGCAGCACUGAAGAGCUGGGCCAACACCAAAGACGGCCUCAUGAACUUCGUCAACCACUGUGAUGCCGAUACCUACUUCAUCGCAGCACUUGUUCUGCGACUUCAGAUGCUUCCCUUGACCAAAGUGCUCACGAAUAUUGCUGGUAACUCUUGGGCGCGAACACUUAGCGGUACCCGUGCUGAACGGAACGAGUACAUUCUCCUCCACGAAUUCCAUCGGAAUAAGUAUAUCUGUCCCGACAAAUAUUCUUCUAAGCUCCAAAAGGCGGAAGAAAAGAUGCUGGAGGGUGACGAUGACGAUUCCGCGGACAAGAAGAAGAAGGACAAAUACAAAGGUGGUCUAGUCUUCGAGCCCGAGAAAGGACUUUACGACAAGUUCGUCCUUGUGAUGGACUUCAACAGUUUGUACCCGAGUAUUAUCCAAGAGUAUAAUAUCUGCUUUACAACGGUGGAGCGGACGUCGACUGCGGAGAACGACAAAGAAGAAAAGGUGCCCGAGGUUCCUCCCACGGACCAGGAGCAGGGUAUUCUACCCAAGCUCAUUGCCACUUUGGUCGGUCGUCGACGAGAGGUCAAGAAGCUGAUGAAAGACAAACGCGCAACGCCCGAGCAACUCGCAUUGUGGGACACUAAGCAACUGGCCUUCAAGCUGACUGCCAACUCCAUGUAUGGAUGCUUGGGUUACACGCAGAGUCGCUUUUAUGCCCGUCCCUUGGCCAUGCUCACCACAUUCAAGGGUCGUGAGAUUCUCCGAAGCACCAAAGAGCUGGUGGAAUCCAAGCAGCUCAGGGUCAUCUAUGGUGAUACUGACUCCGUCAUGAUCAACACGAACAUGGACACAAUCAGCGACGCUCUGAAGGUCGGUGAGGAAUUGAAGAAAUCGGUCAACGAAAGAUACCGACUGCUCGAAAUUGACAUCGACAAUGUCUUCCGUCGUCUACUUCUUCAUGCAAAGAAGAAGUAUGCCGCUGUCAACAUGACUGAAGUAGAUGGCAAGUACGUGGAUAAGCUGGAGGUCAAGGGUCUGGACAUGAAGAGACGUGAAUACUGUUCGCUUUCCAAGGAGGUCUCUCAGAAACUGCUGAAUGAGGUUCUCUCUGGUGAGGAUCAAGAGGUCGUCCUCAAUCGAAUUCAUGACUACCUGCACGACCUAGCAGUGAAAAUGCGCGAGUUCUCGGUUCCUGUUCAAAAAUACGUCAUUUACACGAAACUCUCCAAGAGACCGGAAGAAUACCCCAACAAGGAAACCAUGCCCCCGGUCCAGGUUGCUUUGCGCGAGCUUGCCCGGGGCAAGUCUAUUCGUCCCAACGACGUGAUCUCGUAUGUCGUGACGAGUGGAGACUCCGAGACCGCGUCUCUCCCGCCGGCCAAACGGUCCUAUACGCCUCAGGAUGUGAUGAAGCCGGACUCGGGGCUUAAGCCCGACAUUGAGUUUUACCUCCUCAAGCAGAUAUUCCCCCCCAUCGAACGUCUCUGUGCGCCCAUUCCUGGUACCGAUGCCGUUCGACUGGCCGAGUGUCUGGGGCUUGAUGUUCGCAAGUACCAGAUCAACACCUCCAGUGGGAGCAACCAGCAAAAUAAUGAAAUCUUCCCCUUGGAAUCGCAAAUCCCGGAUGCUGUGCGGUUUGAGAACGCCACGCGUCUUACGCUUACCUGUCGGUUCUGCAAGGAGAAGUCUGUAUUCGAGGGACUGGCGGGAUCCACGCAUAUGUGCACCGCCAACGGGGUUGUGUGCCCCAGCCAAGCGUGCCAAAAGCCGUUCUCUGUCCUGACCAUUGUCGCACAGCUGGAGGCGCAGAUUCGAGCGCAGACCUCCAAGUACUACGAAGGCUGGCUUGUCUGUGACGAUUCGGCCUGCGGAAACCGGACCCGGCAGAUGAGUGUGUAUGGACACCGGUGCCUUGGACCGCGAGGCCACGCGGAAGGCUGCCUCGGCCGAAUGACCUACGAGUAUCCGGAGAAACAAAUGUAUAACCAGCUUCUCUACUUCGCCGGCCUUUGGGAUGUGGACAAGGCUCGCAAGUUGGCCGAAAAGGAGGCCGGGGGAGAGAAGAAGGAUAGUUUGGCGGCACUGUUGAUCCCAUUGAGAAUCACCUCGAGGCUUCUGGGCACCAUCGCCAUGUCUGUCAAGCGGGUUCUGGUCAUUGCGGGGUCUGACAGCUCCGGUGGCGCGGGUCUAGAAGCAGACCAGCGAGUUCUAGCCGCGCAUGGCUGCUAUGCUCUCACGGCAACCACCGGGCUCACGGCUCAGAACACUUUGGGUGUGCAGGACAUUUUCAUCGUUCCCGCGGAAUUCGUGAAGAAGCAGAUCAAUGCUGGUCUGGAGGAUGUCGGUGCAGACGUUGUCAAGUUGGGCAUGCUCUCUUCUGCGGAGACCAUCGAGGUCAUUGCUGAGGCAUUGACAACGCAUCAGAUCCCUGCUGUGGUUCUGGAUCCGGUAAUGGUAUCCACGAGUGGGUCACGGCUGUUGCCUGAAGCAGCUAUACAAGGCCUGCGCACGAAGCUACUGCCUUUGACCACCAUCCUUACUCCCAACAUCCCCGAAGCCCUGCUGCUGCUAAAGGACUCCGGAAUUGAGGUCUCGGAGCCAACAGAUCUUCCCGGUCUCAUCGAACUCGCAAAGCAGAUCUGUGCCUUGGGCCCUAAGGGAGUCCUGCUCAAGGGCGGCCACUUGCCACUCACCAGCGACAACCAGACCGCACGGAACCCAAGCGAUGCUACGAAAGUUAUUGACGUACUUUACGAUGGACAAGAUGCCACCCUAUUCGAGACGGAUUUCCUGGUGUCAAAGAAUACCCAUGGCACUGGAUGCUCUCUUGCCUCGGCCAUUUCAGCAAACCUGGCCCUUGGUAAGGAUAUGAGACGCGCAGUUCAAAGCGCCGUUCGAUUCGUCCAGGCGGGCAUCAAGACCAGUUUCGAUCUUGGAAAGGGGAGUGGACCGAUCAAUCACUUUCACUCCGUUUAUACCCUGCCUUUUGCCCCUGGUCACUUCAUAGAGUAUACCCUAGACCGUCCUGAUGUUCAACUAGUAUGGAAGCCCUUUACGGAGCAUGACUUUGUCCAGCGGAUGGGCGACGGUACCCUUUCUGAGCAGAGAUUCAAGUCGUACCUUGUGCAAGAUUACCUUUACCUGGUUCAAUUUGCCCGGAGCAACGCACUGGCCUCUUAUAAAGCAGGGAACAUGGAGUCCAUCGCCGCGUCAGCCAAGAUUGUUCUUCACAUCCAACGGGAGACCGCCUUGCACCUGGACUACUGUGCCUCCUUUGGGCUGUCAAAGGAGGAGAUGGAGAAGACCCCGGAAACGAUUGCAUGCACUGCAUACAGCCGGUACAUCCUCGAUGUAGGACAAUCGGAGGAUUGGCUCGCGCUACAGAUGGCCCUCGCGCCCUGCCUACUCGGAUACGGGGCGAUUGCACAAAGACUGCACGCGGACAAGGACACCCUCCGCGAGGGCAACCGAUACUGGAAAUGGAUCGAGAACUAUGUUGCGGAGGACUACACGGAAGCAGUGCGCUUGGGAUCCGAACUACUGGAGACGCAUAUGCGACAGGUUUCCCCCAGUCGGGUGGAGGAAUUGAUUAAGAUUUUCAUCCGAGCGACAGAGUUGGAGAUCAGUUUCUGGGACAUGGGGUUGGGUGGCAAACAUCUGUAGGGGCGACUGGAC